AUGGCCGGCGGCAAGCGCCGCCACGCGCGCAACCCCACCGCCGGCGGGCCCCGCCGCGGCUCGGGCGCCGGGAGGCGCCGCCCCUUCCCCGAGCUCCCGUCCUUCGUAUCCCCGGCCUCCGUCGCCGCCGCCUUCUCCUCCCCGGCCUCGGGCGGCCGAGGGCGCGGGCGGGGCGGGGGAGGGGCCGGCCGGCGCGGCGGCGACACCGCGGAUGGCGGCGCCUGCCACGCCGUCCCGUUCUGCUACAACUCCGAGCGGGGGACGCAGGCGCUGGAGGUGACCAUCGACACCGCCCCCUGCGCCGAACCGGCCGCGGCCUCGGUCCCGCUGUACUUGUACGGCCCCGAGUUCGUCGGCGGGCUCGAGCUUGGGUUUCACGAGGACGAGGAUGCGGACGAGGAGGGGGCCGCUGAGGCUGUACAUAUUGGGCUAGGUUUCCGGGACAGCGGCAACGAGGAGAUGGAGCUCGAAUUGGAGGAGCUGGAGGAGGAAGAUGCCUCCUUCAAGACGCCCAAGCGGAAGCAGCAGCAGAAGGUGAAUCGCAAUCCGGGAUUUUUGUCGAUUGGGGGAGUCAGGAUCUACACGGAGGACAUCUCGUCAUCGGAAUCAGAGGAGAUGAGCGGCUCUAACGAGGAUUCAGAAUCCGAAUCAGGUGACGGGGAGAGAUUUGAGAAUGAUGAUGGCAAAAGCGACGAGGAAGGUAGUGAGGGUGAGAGGGAUUCAGAGGCCGACGGUGAAUCAUCAGGGUCAGAAUUAGAUGAGGAUUUGAGCAUCGGGGAUUCCUCUUCUGUUGAUGAUGAGGUUGUUGCCGAUUACAUGGAGGGGAUUGGUGGGAGCGAGGAGCUGUUGAGCAGUAAGUGGAUCGCUGGUAUGAAUUUGGGUGAUGCAGACCCUGCAGAGCAGAUGGAUACAGAUGAUGAUGAGGAUGAGGAUGGUUUUGUGAAGAAGGGGAAGGAGAAGCUUGAGGGCUAUGCAAUAAUGACUGCGUCAGAGCAGUAUGGGAUGAAGAGGCCAAACUCGGCCGAACGGCAGAAGGGAAAGGGAAUGGUUUGUGAUAGGGAUUUGCCAAGUAUGCGGGUGAUGGAACUGGAGGAUAUGUUUAUGGUGAAGGAUGUACGCGUGGCCAAUAGGUCAAGGAAGGGUUCGAAGACUGGAUCAUCAUCCUCUCAGCUCUCACGGUCCUGGCCUAAUGAGGGUAGGAAGAGCAAAAAAUAUCAUAGCGUGCCAGGUGAAAAAAAGAAGCAUAGGAAGGAACUAAUUGCAAAGAAGCGUCAACAACGAAUGCUAAGUAGAGGAGUUGACUUGGGGCAAAUAAAUACGAAGUUGAGGAAAAUGGUUGUGGAUCAGGUUGAUAUGGUAUGCUUUCAACCAAUGCACACUCGGGACUGUUCUCAGGUACAACGCCUUGCAUCUAUUUAUCAAUUGAAGAGCGGAUGUCAAGGUUCAGGCAAGAAGAGAUUUGUCACUGUGACAUUAACUGGACAGUCUUCCUUGCCAUCUGCCAAUGGCCAAAUUCGACUUGAAAAGCUUUUGGGGACUGAACCUGAGGACUUUUCUGUCAACUGGGAGAACUCUAAAGGCCCAGCAGGACAGAAGGGCCUUUCAGCUCCGGGAAAGUUAGCAAAACAUCGCGAAUCCAGUGGAAAGAAAUCAUCUUCCAAGAAACAGGUCUCAUUUGCAGAGCAUCCUGUAUCUUUUGUCUCAUGUGGCACCAUGGCAGAAUCAGUUACGGAGACAAUAGCUGUUGACUCGAUUGGUGGUAAUACCUCAUGUGGAAAAAUUGCUGAAAGCAACUCUACCCAGCUGGGCUCCUUUGAGGUGCACACCAGGGGCUUUGGGUCGAAAAUGAUGGCAAAAAUGGGAUUCAUUGAGGGCACUGGCCUUGGCAAAGAUGGCCAAGGUAUAGUGCAGCCAAUACAAGCCAUCCAUCGUCCCAAAUCUCUUGGACUUGGUGUAGAGUUCGACAGUAAGGCUGAGGCAAUUAAGGCAAGGACAGAACCCAUCAAAGCAAGAUCAGAGCCAAGUAAAGUGAGGCCAGAGUCAAGGCGAAAUGUGCGGGCACUGGAGACGAGUGGUGUUGGCUCCUUUGAGAGACACACAAAGGGUUUCGGAUCCAAAAUGAUGGCAAAAAUGGGGUUUGUCUCAGGCUCUGGGCUUGGGAGGGAUGGCCAGGGCAUUGCCACCCCCUUGACCGCUGUAAGGCGACCCAAGUCCCGUGGACUGGGAGCCAAGGACAAAUAUUAACUUAUGCCAUUUUCACUUUACAUGAAUCUCGCUUUUUGUGUACUUGUUACAGGUGUUUGCCUUAGAUCACAUAGGUGCUCGCUGGGAGAGCGCAGCCCUUGGAACACCCUGAGAUGGUGAAACGGGUUCUGAUGCCCCUAGCAGUAGCACAGGAUUUACCUUCUGUCGACACUGUUUUUCACCUAUUUCUUUCAACCUCUGAAGGAAGUUUUAAAUUAUUUUGUUCUCUCGAA